GCAGCCUGUGAACAUGGCUGAAUAGGACUCAUCCACAUUAAUGGAGAUGUGGAUUUAACAGCUUCACAGCACAGUAUACACUCUCACACUGCAUAGCCCGGUGAUGUGUUUUUUUUCACCCUUUCGCUCUUUGGGGAAUAAAUAAAGGGAUGUAGUGGCAGAUGAGAGAGAUACAUAAAAUUGGAGAGAUACCCUCCCCUGGACUCCAAGAAAACUGGAGCAGUUACUGUAUUGAUGCCCUCACUGCACCACCUACUGGCAGCUAGGGCCCCCCAGCAGUGAGCCCCACCAUUCCAACCCCAACCCUCCCCUUUAACCAGCUCCUAGAACCCUCCAGACACCAUGUUCUCUUCCAACUUCUUGAGUGGGGGGAACCCCCUUAGUGCCAUGUCAUCUGCAGUAAACAAGUUAAGUCUGUUUGGAGAUGAGCCUGAGGAAAAGCAGCAGCAGCAGGGUUCUCCAAAGCACAAAGGUGCUGAACAGCAGGGGAACGGACAGCCUGCUUCACAAGGAACGCCAAAGCAAAGUAGGCAGCAGCCACAAGGAGUGGGUUCUGGUGAUCCUCAGCAGCAAGGAAUGAACAAGGGUGGACCCCAGCAGGCUACAGCUGGUAGGGGUGGCCCUCAGAAACAAGGAGCUGGGAGGGGAGGACCUCAGCAACAAGGAGCAGGCAGGGGAGGACCUCAGCAACAAGGAGUAGGCAGGGGAGGACAUCAGCAACAGGGAGUGGGCAGAGGAGGAUCUCCACAGCCUGGAAAAGGAAGGGGUGGACCUCAAGGACCUGCAGUCCACCAAGCAGAAAGACCUGCUGGCUCAGAAAUGGGGGCAAAAUCCUUCUGCCCGAUCUGCAAAACCACAGAACUCAAUUUAAAAUCCAAGGAACCACCCAACCACAACACCUGCACACAGUGUAAAUCAGCCGUCUGCAGCAUGUGUGGGUUCAGUCCUCCAGAUGCUGAUGCCAAGGAGUGGCUUUGCCUCAAUUGCCAGAUGCAGAGGGCACUUGGAGGUGCAGAACCACCUGGACCCCGCAUGAUGAAACCACCGUCUCAGCCCGGCAAAGCACCCUCACCAUCCCAGCCCCCUGGCAAGCAAAGUGCUUCUCUAGCACAAAAGAAGGAUGCUACACAAAACAAAGUGUUACCUCAACCUGCCAAUCAGCAAAAUAAACCUUCAGAGGGCCAGAAAGCACCAGAACAGUUCAGCUCAUCCGCAGCAAAACAAGCCAGCGCUACUGCAACUCCACCUUCCCAACAAAAGCCAUCACAGCAGCAGACAGCAAAAGGUGGCCCCUCCCUUGGCAAGUCUGAACCACCACCAAAGGCUGAACCUCCUGAGGAGCAGUCUGGUUUCUUUGGUUUUGGUUUUGGUGGUGUUCGAUCUCGAUCACCAUCUCCUCAGCCUGCUGUCUCUGCUGUUUCUGGGAAGGUUUUAGGUUUUGGCUCCUCAUUUCUCAGCUCAGCAUCUAAUCUGAUCUCAUCAGCUGUUCAGGACGAGCCUUCUACAACACCUCCAACUUCUCGUAAAGGCUCAGCUGUUUCGCAAACCUCUGCUAAGGCUAUCCCCACACCUCCUGCAUCACGCAAAGGAUCAGAACCUUCUAAGGACUCUCCCAAGCCUCCUGCAACCUACAAACAGGAAGAGAUGAAACCAGAGCAAAAGAAACCUGAAGAACCUCAGCCAACCAAAGCAACUGUAGCCCAAACAAAGAAUCAACCAACUUCUACUCAGCCUUCAAACCUAAAUCCAGUGAGCCCAAAACCCAUUCCCAAAGCCUGCCCGAUCUGCAAAGUGGACCUCAAGAAAGAUCCUCCGAACUACAGUGCCUGCACUGAGUGCAAAAGCACUGUGUGUAAUCAGUGUGGUUUUAACCCAACGCCUCAUCAGUCAGAGGGAAAACAUUGGGUUUGUUUAAACUGCCAGACGCAAAGAGCGCUAAAAGGAGUAGAACCACAAGAACCUCCAUCAAUAAAACCCCUACCACAGCUCAGUGAGGCCACAACACAAAAGAAGGAUUCCACUACAGGUCAAACACAUAAACAAUCCACAGCCCAACCUAAAAAACCUAGUUUUGCUGACCAGACAGUUACUCCGAAAGAAAUAAUUAAACAACAGCCCAGUUCAACAGGAGCAAAACCACUAAAUCAGCGGAAGCCUUCUGAUCAGCAGACAACAAAAAGUGACCCUCCAACUGCCAAGUCUGAACCAUCAUCAAAGGAAGAACCUCCCCACAAUGAGUCAAGUUUCUUUGGUUUUGGUUUUGGUGCUCGAUCUCGAUCACCGUCUCCUCAGCCUGCUGCCUCUGCUGUUUCUGGAAAGGUCUUAGGCUUUGGUUCCUCCUUAUUCAGCUCAGCAUCUAAUCUGAUCUCCUCAGCUGUUCAGGACGAGCCUUCCACCACACCACCAACAUCUCGUAAAGGGUCUACAGUGUCCCAAAGCUCUGCCAAUACAACCAGUACACCUCCUGCAUCACGUAAAAUAUCUUCAACAGGGACAGAGACAAAACAACCAACUGCACAGAAAGAGAAGACCGACAGACAGUUAAAAGAUCAGAAGGCCAAGGCACCUUUAUCUCAGACUCAACCAGAACUCUCCACACACAUGCCAAAAGUAGAUAAAGAUGCUCACACUGUCCCUAAAGCUUGCCCACUCUGCAAAGCCGAGCUUAAGAAGGAUCCUCCCAACUACAAUAUCUGCACUGAAUGCAAAAAGGCUGUCUGCAACCUUUGUGGAUUCAACCCGAUGCCUCACCAAACAGAGGUACUAGAAUGGCUUUGCUUGAACUGUCAGACCCAGAGAGCCCUUGGUGAUGAAUUAAUGAUUCCCCCAAAGAAUCCUGGUCCACCACAGUCUUUAGGAAAGGGGGAUAAGGCCCCUUCAUCACAACAGAUUGGAGCUUCUGUAGUGGACUCUACAAAGAAAACAGCUAAUCCUAAAGCAACAGCUCCACAGGAAGACAAGAAAGUUGAUGUUGUUCAGAAAUUACAAGACAAGCAAACUAAGGCACUGAAUGGAACACCCCCUAUACACAAACCUCAGUGGCAAGAAACUGAGAAACCCCAUGUGGACAGUCAAAGACAGUCAAAGACAGUCAAAUCAGAGACACAGGAGGAGUCAGGAUUUUUUGGUUUUGGUUUCAGUGGUACUCGAUCUCGAUCACCUUCUCCUCAACCUGCUGUCUCUGCUGUUUCUGGGAAAGUUCUAGGCUUCGGCUCUUCCUUCCUCAACUCAGCAUCUAAUCUGAUCUCCUCAGCUGUUCAGGAUGAGCCUUUCACAGUGCCACCAACUUCUCGUAAGGGUUCAUCAGUCUCCCAGACAUCACCCAAAACAACACCACCCACUUCCCGCAAGGGUUCCUCAGUUUCACAGAUAUCUCACAAGCCCGAAUCUCCAGCCUCCACGCCAGCUGCUUCCCGCAAAGGGUCUGAAACUUCCCAGGAUGUAAAGAGAAUGCCAUUUUCAAAAGACACCAAACCACCCUCUGAUCACCAAUCAGGGGAAAAGAAAUCCCAGCAAGUACAGCCAUCCAAAACUCCACCCACACAAGCAAAAAAGGAUCAACCAUUGAUAGAGUCUGCAGCAGUUGACAAGUCAGCCCAGCCUCUUCCUAAAACCUGUCCACUUUGCAAAGCAGAGAUCAAAAAAGACCCUCCUAACUACAGCGUGUGCACUGAUUGCAAGAGCAUUGUAUGCAAUCUCUGUGGAUUCAAUCCUAUGCCACAUCAAGCAGAGAUAAAGGAGUGGCUUUGCCUGAAAUGCCAGACACAGCGAGCGUCAGAAGCACUAUCUGUACAGUCUCAACAACAGGCUAAGAAAACACCACCAUCUCUUCAACAAAAGGAUGCUGCUACAUCAGAAGGCCCUCAGAAGAAAGAGGAAGGUCUUCCUGAUGAAACCAUUAAAAAAGGCCAGAAAACUGCUGCUGUAAAACAACCAGCAGACACGUCUGCUGUGGUACAGGAGAAGCAAUUGAAUCCUACUCCCACUCAACAGCCCAAUCAGCAGCUGCCAAUUAAACAACAGGAUGCUGAAAAGCCUCAAAUUCAGACAUCGAAAAGUGGGCCCUCUCCUGCUAAAGCUGACCCCUCUCAAGGAAGCUCAGGUUUUUUUGGCUUUGGUGGUGCUCGAUCUCGAUCACCAUCUCCUCAGCCUGCUGUCUCUGCUGUUUCUGGGAAGGUUCUAGGUUUUGGCUCUUCUUUGUUCAGCUCAGCAUCUAAUCUGAUCUCCUCAGCUGUUCAGGAUGAGCCUUCCACAACACCACCAACUUCUCGCAAAGGUUCACAGGUCUCUCAGAGCUCCAUUAAGACAACCACUCCACCUUCCUCCCGCAAAGGCUCUGGAGUUUCUCAGACAUCUCUCAAAACCACCAUACCACCCCCGACAUCACGGAAGGGAUCCGAAACAUUUCAAGACUUUCAGAAGAAACAAACAGGUAACAUUAAAUCACAGACUAAACAGAACCAAGAAGACAUUACACAUGAGAAGACAAAACCAGUAAUCCAUCAGGGAAAAGAGUCCUCUCAAGGAGCUGAAUCCAAGCCAGAGCUAUCAACAGUGAAGGAAACACAGCUUAUUCCCAAAGAUUGUCCGCUCUGCAAGGUGGAGAUCAAGAAAGAACCUCCCAACUACAGCACAUGCACUCAUUGCAAAAACAUUGUGUGCAUACAGUGUGGAUUCAAUCCCACUCCACACCAAACAGAGGUGAAGGAGUGGCUCUGUUUGAACUGCCAAAUGCAACGAGCACCAGGACCUCCUCCUGUACAGCCUCAGGCACAGGUUACGAAAGUACCACCACUAAUAUCACCACAGAAGAAAGAGACUUCAGCUCCGGAAAAGGACAAGAAACCAGUAGCUCAUGAGAAACCAGAAGACAAACAAGUUGAAGCAGACAAAAAGCAGCCUUUGAACAUCCAUAGUACAAAACCAUCUGAUCAAGACCAGAUUCCAAAGCAGCAGCUACCUGUGAAGCCCCAACAGGCAAAAGAUGCAAUCUCUGAACGUCCUAAAGAGGAAUCAGGCUUCUUUGGCUUCGGUUUUGGUUCUCGAUCUCGGUCACCAUCUCCCCAGCCUGCUGUUUCUGGAAAAGUAUUAGGUUUUGGAUCCUCUAUCCUCAGCUCAGCAUCUAAUCUAAUAUCUUCAGCUGUCCAGGAUGGGCCAUCUACUACACCCUCAACUUCACGCAAGAAUUCUACAGUUUCUCAAACAUCAGAAAAGACUGCACCAACACCUCCCACCUCUCGCAAAGGUUCUGAAGCUUCUCAGACUUGCAAGCCCACUGCUACACCACCUAUUUCCCACCCAGUACCCACCCAGGAAUCUCCAAAGAUGAAUCCUAAGAACAUAACAAAACCACCAAAUGAACAGAAUCAAAAGGAAAACUUAGAGGAGAAGAAACCAGGGGUCAAAAAACCUUCACCAACACCAGCACCAUUUUCGAAUGAUACACAUACAAUAACAGAUACAACAAAAGCAGCAGAAUCUACUCAGCCUCUUCCCAAAGUCUGCCCGCUUUGCAAUGUGGAAAUCAAGAAGGAUCCACCCAACUACAACAUCUGUACUGAGUGCAAGAAUGUAGUUUGUAACCUUUGUGGAUUUAACCCAGCACCUGACCAGACAGAGGUGAAAGUGUGGCUAUGCCUGAAUUGUCAGAUGCAGCGAGCAUCUGGACCUCCUAAGCCAGUUCAACCACAGUCUACCAAAGCUCCUCCCCUGGCAUCACCACAGAAGGAUGUUCAAGCUCAAGGUUCCCUGCAAAGGUCCCCUCAAUUGCAGGAAUCAAAAGGCACUCCUCUAGAGCAAAGAUUAACAGUAGAUGCCACAAAGGAAGGUCAGAAACUUCAUGUUGCUGGGAAACCAGAUGAUAAACCCCCUGGUGCCCAGUCCCAGCAACCCACUUCUACUCCUUCAUCACCAAAGCCUUCUCCUGCAAAAUCUCCUCCACCACCAAAGGUUGAGCCUGCAAAUGAGGAGUCGGGUUUCUUUGGUUUAGGUUUUGGUGGUACACGAUCUAGGUCACCUUCACCUCAAACUGCUGCUUCUGCGGUUUCUGGAAAGUUUCUAGGUUUUAGCUCAUCAUUCAUCAGCUCUGCAUCUAAUCUGAUUACUUCAGCUGUCCAAGAUGAGCCCUCUACAACACCUCCAACAUCCCGUAAGGGCUCUGCUGUUUCACAAACAUCUAUAAAGACUGCACCAACACCACCAGCUUCUCGGAAGGGCUCAGUUCUGCAAACGUCUCCAAAACUCGUCUCCUCUGAUGAGACAAAAGCAUCUGCUACUCAGAAAAAGGAAGAAAAGAAACCUGCAGAUGAAGCACAAAAGGCUCAGUCUGCCAAAGCACCAUCUGCUCCAGUGAAAGGGGAUGAAAAUUUAUCAAAUCUUCCAAAAAUGUGUCCACUUUGCAAGGAAAAAUUCACACACCCUCCAAACUAUAACACUUGCACUUCCUGCAAAGCUACUGUGUGUAACCUGUGUGGAUUCAACCCCAUGCCACAUCAAACAGAAGUGAAGGAAUGGCUGUGCUUGAAUUGUCAGAUGCAACAAGCACCAGGACUCCUCCCUGCACAGCCUCAACCAGAUGUGAACAAAGUAUCUCAACCAGCACCAAAGAAGGAGGUUCCAACUGCAGGUCCCACACAGAAAGCAAGCCCCUCAGAAGGUGCCACAGAGAAAGAUCAGAAACCUGCUGCAUCAGAAAAAACAAAUGACAAACCGAUUUCUGGAGAACGCCAGAAACCCACUACUGCUUCUGCAGAACAGAAGCCCCCUGUUGCCGAAUCUGUUCGACCACAAAAACCUGAACUUAACGAAGAGCAGUCUGGCUUCUUUGGUUUUGGCUUUGGUGGUGCACGAUCUCGAUCACCAUCCCCUCACUCUGCUGCCUCUGCUGUUUCCGGGAAGGUUCUGGGCUUUGGUUCGUCCUUCCUUAGCUCUGCAUCUAACCUGAUCUCAUCAGCUGUUCAGGAUGAAUCUUCUACUACACCACCAACCUCUCGUAAGGGUUCUACAAUUUCUCAAAAUCUUGAAAAAAAGGUUCCAACUCCACCUUCUACUCGAAAGGCAUCUGUAGCAGAGAAGCAAGAAAAUAAAUCAGAAGACCAUGUGGCAAAGGAUCCACUUUCUCUCAUGAAGAAGAAUACACCUCCCGUACAGAUCCCCAAAGCUUGUCCACUCUGCAUGAUGGACCUCAAGAAGGAUCCACCCAACUAUAACACGUGUACUGAAUGUAACAGCACUGUGUGUAACCUUUGUGGAUUCAGCCCUAUUCCACAGAAAACUGAGGUGAAGGAGUGGCUGUGUUUGACCUGCCAGAUGAAGAGAGCACCAGGACCUCCUCCUGCACAGCCACAACCACUGGCUAACAAAGUAUCUCCAUCAGCAUCACCACAGAAGAAAGAAACACCAGGUUUUCCACAGAAAAAGCAAGUAGAUGCUACAAAAACAGAUCAGAAGCCAACUGUGAUUGAGAAACCAGAAGACAAAACUAUUCCAGUGGAGAAACCCAUAGCUGUUCCCUUAACACAGCAGGCUGCUCCAGAGGGUCAGAAAGCACCAGAACAGUCUAUCUCAACUACAGCAAAGCAAGCCAGCACUACUGCAAGACCUUCACAACAAAAACCAUCCCAGCAACAGACAGCAAAUGGUCGCCCAUCCCCUGCCAUGUCUGAACCACCACCAAAAGCUGAACCUCCAAAAGAGGGGUCUGGUUUCUUUGGUUUUGGAGGUGCUCGAUCUCGGUCACCAUCUCCUCAGACAGCUGUUUCUGCUGUUUCUGGAAAGGUUCUAGGUUUUGGAUCCUCUUUUCUUAGCUCUGCAUCUAAUUUGAUGUCAUCUACUGUUCAUGAUGAACCUUCCACCACACCUCCAGCCUCUCGUAAAGGUUCUACAGUAUCUCAAAGUUUUGUAAAAAAUGUUCCGACGCCACCUUCCUCCCGAAAGGGAUCUGUAGCACAGAAAACAGAGGAAAGGAAAGAACCACAACAUAAAUCUGAAGAGCAAUUGACAAAGACACCAGUUUCUCAAAUGAAAAAGGAUGAGCCUCCCUCAGAGCCUCUUGGAGAUUGUCCACUCUGCAAGGUUCAGUUUAAGAAGGAUCCCUCUAACUACAACACCUGCACAGAAUGCAAGAACACUGUGUGUAAUCUUUGUGGAUUCAGCCCUAUGCCACAACACACUGAGGUGAAGGAGUGGCUUUGUUUGAACUGUCAGAUGAAGAGAGCACCAGGACUUCCUCCUGCACAGCCUCAAUCACAGGCUGAGAAAGUACCUCCACCAGUAUCACCACAGCAGAAGGAGGCUCCCACUCCAGGUGUUCCACAAAAGAAGCCAAGUCUGAAGAAGCCAGGUGAUGCAGCAAUGAAAGAUCAAAAACCACCUACACCUGGGGAAAAGGAGGAUAAACCUAAUCCAGAUGAGUCCCAGAAAUCCACUGCUGUUCCUUUAGCACAACAGCCUACUCUCCUACAGAAAGUUGAACCUCCAAAAGAGGAGUCAGGUUUCUUAGGUUUUGGCGGUGCUCGAUCUCGGUCACCAUCUCCCCAAGCUGCUGCUUCUGCUGUUUCUGGAAAGGUUCUAGGUUUUGGAUCCUCUUUUCUUAGCUCUGCAUCUAAUUUCAUCUCAUCAGCUGUUCAGGAUGAACCUUCCACCACACCUCCAACCUCUCGUAAAGGUUCUACAGUAUCUCAAAGUUCUGUAAAAAAUGUUCCGACGCCACCUUCCUCCCGAAAGGGAUCUGUAGCACAGAAAAAAGAGGAAAGGAAAGAACCACAACACAAAUCUGAAGAGCAGUCGACAAAGGCACCAGUUUCUCAAAUGAAAAAGGAUGAGCCUCCCUCAGAGCCUCUUGGAGAUUGUCCACUCUGCAAGGUUCAGUUUAAGAACGAUCCCUCUAACUACAACACCUGCACAGAAUGCAAGAAUACUGUGUGUAAUCUUUGUGGAUUCAGCCCUAUGCCACAACAAACUGAGGUGAAGGAGUGGCUUUGUUUGAACUGUCAGAUGAAGAGAGCACCAGGACUUCCUCCUGCACAGCCUCAAUCACAGGCUGAGAAAGUACCUCCACCAGUAUCACCACAGAAGAAGGAGGCUCCCACUCCAGGUGCUCCACAAAAGAUGCCAAGUCUUCCAGUUGAUGCGGCAAUGAAAGAUCAGAAACCACCUACAGCUGGGGAAAAGGAGGAUAAACCUAAUCCAGAGGAGUCCCAGAAAUCCACUGCUGUUCCUUCAGCACAACAGCCUACUCUCCUACAGAAAGUUGAACCUCCAAAAGAGGAGUCAGGUUUCUUAGGUUUUGGCAGUGCUCGAUCUCGGUCACCGUCUCCUCAAACUGCUGCUUCUGCUGUUUCCGGAAAGGUUCUAGGUUUUGGAUCCUCUUUUCUUAGCUCUGCAUCUAAUUUCAUCUCAUCAGCUGUUCAGGAUGAACCUUCCACCACACCUCCAACCUCUCGUAAAGGUUCUACAGUAUCUCAAAGUUCUGUAAAAAAUGUUCCAAUGCCACCUUCCUCCCGAAAGGGAUCUGUAGCACAGAAAACAGAGGAAAGGAAAGAACCACAACAUAAAUCUGAAGAGCAGUCGACAAAGACACCAGUUUCUCAAAUGAAAAAGGAUGAGCCUCCCUCAGAGCCUCUUGGAGAUUGUCCACUCUGCAAGGUUCAGUUUAAGAAGGAUCCCUCUAACUAUAACACCUGCACAGAAUGCAAGAACACUGUGUGUAAUCUUUGUGGAUUCAGCCCUAUGCCACAACAAACUGAGGCUGCACAGGUGAAGGAGUGGCUUUGUUUGAACUGUCAGAUGAAGAGAGCACCAGGACCUCCUCCUGCACAGCCUCAAUCACAGGCUGACAAAGUACCUCCACCAGUAUCACCACAGAAGAAGGAGGCUCCCACUCCAGAUGAUGCAACAAUGAAAGCUCAGAAGCCAUCUACACCUGGGAAAAAGGAGGAUAAACCUAAUCCAAAUGAGUCCCAGAAAUCCACUGCUGUUCCUUCAACACAACAGCCUGUUCCUGCCACACCUGCUAUCCCACAGAAAGUUGAACGUCCAAAGAUGGAGUCAGGUUUCUUUGGUUUUGGAGGUGCUCGUUCUCGGUCACCGUCUCCUCAAGCUGCUGCUUCUGCUGUUUCCGGAAAGGUUCUAGGUUUUGGAUCCUCUUUUCUCAGCUCUGCAUCUAAUUUGAUUUCAUCAGCUGUUCAGGAUGAGCCUUCUACAUCACCUCCAACCUCUCGUAAGGUUUCUACAGUUUCUGCAAAAAUCACUCCAACACCCCCUGCUUCUCGUAAGGCUUCUGUAGCACAGACAAAAGAAGAGAAGAAAGAAAUGGAAAUGAAACCAGAGGACCAGUCAAUGGUGCCAACUUCUCUUGUGAAAAAAGAUGAGCCCAUAAAACAGUGUCCACUCUGUAAGGUGGAUAUCAAGAAGGAUCCACCCAACUAUAACACCUGCACUGAAUGCAAGAACAUUGUGUGUAAUCUUUGUGGGUUCAGCCCUAUGCCACAACAAACUGAGGUGAAGGAGUGGCUAUGUUUGCAUUGCCAGAUGAAGAGAGCACCAGGUGCUCCCGUUGUACAGCCUCAGCAAGAGCCAAACAAAAUGCCUCCACCAGCAUCACCACAGAAGAAAGAGCCUUCUCCUGCUAGGAAACUAAACACUGAAACAGACACCAAGAAACCUAUUUCUGCUCCCACAUCACUACAGCCCUCUACUACUGAAUCUGCACCACCACCCAAAUCUGAAGCUUCAAAGGAAGAAUCAAGUUUCUUUAGUUUUGGUUUUGGUGGUCCUCGUUCUCGACCAUCAUCUCCUCAGCCUGCUGCUUCUGCUGUUUCUGGAAAGGUUCUAGGUUUUGGGUCCGCUAUCUUUAGCACAGCCUCUAAUCUGAUCUCUUCAGCUGUUCACGAUGAGGCCUCUACAACUCCUCCACCUUCUCGUAAGGAUUCUACAGCAUCUAUGAAGACACCAUCUUCUCCUGCUUCUCGGAAAGCAUCUGUAGAGCCUGAAAAAAUCCCACAAGGUACAAAAAACAAAAUUUCAACUGAAGAGACAAAGACUUCAACUACAAAGAAAGAACAAGAGAAAAAACUAGGUGAAAUAGUACCAAAUGACUCUACAAAAGUGGUGACACCUUUUAAAGCACAGCAUGCAGUCUGUCCAAUCUGUAAGCAGGAGCUUAAUGUUGGCUCAAAUGAAGUACCCAACUACAAUACAUGCACAGAAUGCAAGAACAUUGUGUGUAACCUCUGUGGAUUUAACCCUGUUCCUCAUCAGACUGAGGUUUUUGAAUGGCUUUGCCUAAGCUGUCAAACACAGAGAGCAUUAAAGGGAAUGGAACCACCAGUUACAAAGCCACAGGCAGAACCAGACACUAUCUCCACCUCAAAGCAGCCUCCAGAAAGUCUAACACCCAAAACAGCAACUGAUGCUGGUGAAACUAAUAAGAAGGAGCUAACUCAGGUUCAGGAGCCUCCAAAAGAUGUAUCUGCUGCAGCUAUGAUAGAUGAAAAUAAAGCCCCAGUUCCACCCUGUGUCCAAAAAGAGAACUUUUUGAUUACAGACAUGAAAAAAGAAGCUUUACCCAAGAUAAAUGAAGAUAAAACAGCUGAGAAGAAAGAAACACAGGUUCAGCUUUCUUCUACUGUAGAGGGGGUUUCAGCACAGAGGCCAUCCUCUGAAAUAAUGCUUGUAAAGGAGGAUCAAAAUGCUGCAGGUCCUCAGAAACCUAUAAUUGAGCAGGAAGCUGUUGGGCAACCAGUAGAUACAGGAGCAGAAAAGGGCAGAGUUCUGGAAAAACCUGAGAAGCCUCAAACCAAACCUUCACCAAGAGAACAAGAAACUUUGAAGCAGGAGUCAGGAUUCUUUGGGUUUGGGUUUGGCAGUGCUAAAUCUCAGCCUGCACCAUCCAAGCCUUCUGAGACAAGCAAUAGGAAGCUUGGUAGUUUGACAGAGACACCCUCAGCACAGUCUGUCUCUGCUGUUUCUGGGAAGGUUCUAGGUUUUGGAUCCUCCAUCCUCAGCUCAGCAUCUAAUCUGAUCUCAUCAGCCGUUCAGGAUGAGUCUUCUACAACACCACCAAGUUCCCGUAAGGGCUCUUCAGUUUCCCAGACAUCUGUCAAGACUCCCACACCACCUACAUCUCGUAGAGGUUCUGCAAUUUCCCAAGCCUCUGUUAAAACCCCACCAACUUCACGCAAAGGUUCUGUGGCUUCCCAGGCCUCCGUAAGAAUGCCUCCUGCUAAAGAUACCAAAUCAUCUGGUGCACAGAUGUUAGAUCAGAAGAAACCAGAUCAGAAAUCAGACGUCAAGUUAGAUGGGACACCAGAAGCUGCCAAAUCUUCUGCUCCUUUACAGCCAGCUACUAAACCAAUCCAGUCCAGCUGUCCUAUUUGCAAAGUAGAGCUAAACAUAGGUUCUGUGGAUCCACCUAAUUUCCAGAUCUGCACCGAAUGCAAGAACAACGUAUGCAGUCAAUGUGGAUUUGAUCCAAUGCCUGAUCAGACAAAGGUGAAGGAGUGGCUUUGCCUGAAUUGUCAGAUGCAGCGAACUAUAAGAGCAACAGAACCACCAGGAACUCCCAUGCUGAAAAUGACAUCUUCCAAAAAGGAUAGCCAAGCACCACCUGCAGCACACACUUUAACUGAACCCAAACCCAGCGUUUUAUCCUCUACACCUAUCAGUGAAAAGAAUAUCCCAGUCCCAUCACCGUCAAAGAAAGACAUCCCAGCUCCAACCACUGUGCAAACAAAUACAGACUUAAAACAACCACAGAGUAAAGAGCUCCCCCAACAAAAGGUCCCAGCACAGGAGAAGCCUUCAAAACCUCAGCCAGAAAGUGCCAAAGGUACUCCCUCACCAAUCAAAUCUGCUCCACCACCUCAAGCUGAAGCUCCAAAGCAGGAAUCAAGCUUCUUUGGAUUCGGAUUAGGUAAAUCUCAACCUACUCCUGCUAAGACUUCUGAUUCUAUGACUGGGAAACUCUUUGGCUUUGGUGGAUUGACCGAGACAGCAUCACGGUCACCCUCACCACAAUCUGUGACUAAUGUCUCUGGCAAGGUUUUGGGAUUUGGAUCCUCCAUCUUUAGCUCUGCAUCUAAUCUGAUUUCAUCAGCUGUUCAGGAUGAGCCUGCUUCAUCUCCACCAACCUCACGCAAAGGUUCUACAGUAUCCCAAUCUUCUGGCAAGACUUCAACACCACCUACCUCUCGCAAGGGGUCUGCAGCCUCUCAGGCCUCCCUCAGGAUGCCUCAAGGAGAACCCAAAGCUCCUGUAUUCAAGAAACCAGAUGAGAAGAAGACAGAGGAACCUCAUUUGACCAAGGCACUGCCAGUUACAGCUAAGCAAAAAGCUAGUACAGAGCCUGAUAAAGUAGCAGCCCCCUCUGAGCCUCCUUCCAAAGCAACCCCAUCCAUCUGCAAACUCUGUAAAGUGGCGCUUAAUGUGGGCUCAAAGGAGACUCCCAACUACAAUUCCUGUACUAAGUGCAAGGAUGUGGUGUGUAAUCUCUGUGGAUUUAAUCCCAUGCCUCACCUUGCAGAGGCUGAGUGGCUGUGUUUGAAUUGCCAGACUCAAAUGGCCUUAGCUGGGAAGAUGAUAGACAUAGGACAAAUUUCUGCACUGUCUACACAGCAAGUCAAAACUUCAGUGAAUGUGCAGGCCACUGAAACCACCCUUGGGCCAACUGUCCUUAAAGUAUCUCAAGUAGGUACAGAAACUGCUCUCGCUGCUCCUGCUUCUGUGCAGACUACAGAUGCUCCAGUGCAUGAGACUGUGGACAAGACACCUGAAGUGAAAACUGAAAGUCCGCGGCCAGCAGAUAAAGAGGAGAAAAGAGUAUCAGAGGAACAAAGACAGGCUAGAAGCUUUCAGUUUGCAAAUAAGCCAAUCCAAAAUGAAGAGGUUGUGGUUCAGGUUGAGAGUAAUCCUACUACACCUUGUGAACUUGACAGCACAGUGUUAUCAGUAUUGGGAGAUGAAACUAGGACCUUGAAGGUUAACAAAGAAGGACAAGACAUCUUUUCAGUUUCUCCUGAGUCAUAUAGCUCAGCUGAGGAAGAGCUUAAAGAAAUUCACAGAGCUAGUGAGUCCUCACUGAGAAAAACUGCAUCAGAACUAGUGUAUAUCAAGGAUCCAGUGAGUAUAAAGCAGCAUCCUACAUGUGUGGAGAACAGCAGUGAGAGUGAACCUUCACCACAUCUCCAAAGGGGAAGGAAACUAAGUGCUGCAUCAUCUAGCAGUGAAGACUUUAAACUAGACAGCCCAGAUUCUGGAGAUGAAGAGUUCAUACGGAGACAGCUAAUGCAAAUGAGUGCAGAUGAGAGUUUAUCACCAAAAGAUGAGGAAACCUACAUCAGAAAAGAGAUCAGAGAAAAGGAGCAGCAAAUGCAACAUGAGGCCAGAGAGGCAGAAAGGGAAACUACUGAAACUAAACCCAAACAAAUUCCAAAGAAAUCAAGCGUGGAGCUUGAAGAGAGUGUUGACAAUAGCCUGAUAUCUCAGAAGCAGGAUGUUCAAAGCAUGCAUGACAUACCUAUUUCAGAAACUAUAGAAGAGUCAGUAACAGUGGUGGUCUUGAAUGACAAUGAAAAAGACAGAAUUGCAGACAAUGACAGUGCUAUAGUCAUUUCUGCGCAACAGAGCAUUUCUAUUAGACAGAUUACUGAAGAGGAGAGUUUGAUUGAAGACUCUGAAGAUAGGUCAAAAGGUGAUGGAUCCUCCAGUAUUCAGGCAUCCAGCAUCACACCAGGAACUGCAUCACCUACAUCUGCUUCUUCAUUUGAUGAAGAAAGUGAUAGCAGUCCAAGUCACAAGAAGGCAGGUGCAGAGGGCAAACAGCAAAUGAAAGUCAAGCAUAGGCAAGGACAAGCCCUUCCAACUAUAGAUGACUCUUCUGAGGGAGAAGAGAUACAGGAUAAAGGUUAUCAGCUUUUGCAACAUGAACAACAAAGUGAGAGUGAACAGCAUCUUAAAAUGACUUCCCAAAAAUCCAAAAAAGAUGAAUUACAUGAACAGAGGAGACUUGAUCAUCCACCCAGUAAUCUGUCUUCAGUAGAAGUUGUAACACAAGCUGAGGAUGAAUGGCAAUUAUCAGAAGUUAAAAUACAUGAGUUAUACUCUUUUUCUAACAUCUCACCAAGUAUUGAGUCUGAACCAGAGAAUGCCUAUACUCACUUGCUGCCAGAAGAGAAACCAUUAAAGAGUGCAGAAGAAACAUAUGAAGAAAUGAUGGAAAAAGCCCAAGCACUCAAAGCUAUGACAAAGAAUGUCACUCCACCUGAGAUUGAGCCACUCUAUGGAGGAAUGCUGAUAGAGGACUAUGCUUAUGAGUCACUAGUGGAGGAACCAGCACAGGCUGCAGCAGUUGAAAGCAGUUUUACUGACAAUCAAUAUCUUAGUAAAGUGAUUGUACAAGAGACCGUAAGAAAGCUUAGGACACCAGAAGAAGCCUACGAGGAGAUGCAGAAGAAGAGAGAGCUCAUCCUAGAAGGACAGACAGUUCAACAUGAACAUGUAGACAAAGCAGCUGCUCAGACAGACCCUUUUGGACCUGCUGCUACUGAUACUUGCUAUGUGACUAUGUCAGCAUAUGAUGAACGUUCCAUAGGCAAAGAGGUAGAAUCCCAGCUGAAUGCCAAACCUGCAAAUGAGGAAGUGUUGAAGAAGCAAAAAGAAGUUCUGACACCUGGAACAAGUCCUACACAGUCAAGUCCUUUGUCUCCAGUAUCCCCUAUAUCUUUAUCUGAGCCUUCAUAUGAUUCCCCUGAAGUGAUACUAAUUCCCUCAAGUGGUGAGGAGGACAAUAUUAAGGAUGAAUAUGCAAUUGAACCUACUGAAUGUGCUAUGCAGCCUUACAUUUCUGAGUCACCUUCUGAAGAUUUAUCUGUGAAGAAAGUUCUCUAUCCUAUUCCUGACCUGAAAAUUACUCAGUGUUCCUCCGGUGAAGAUGAAGCUGGGGAUGAAGAUAGUAGUACACAAGAACAUGAAAUAGCUGUGUCAACGGACACUACUCAGGUUAUUUACAGUUCUGUUAAAACAGAACCUUCAGCACAGACACAGUCAGUAGAAAUGGAACCCAUAUCUGUUUUGUGUGAAGUUCCUCAAACAAAGCCUGUGCUAGAAAAUGUUUCAUUUUGGGAUUCAACGCCAUCUCCUCUGUCUCCACAAACUUCAUCUCCAGAUUCAGCAACGUCAUCACUUAGAGAUCAGACACCAGAGUCAGGCUUCAUUCCUGAAACCCCUACUGUUAUUGAAAGCUCAAGAGCUGUUGUACCUGACUCAGCUCCAGUUACAAUUACAAUGCCAGAUUCAGUCUCUGAGCCAGCUCCCCAAAUCUCAGAGGUAAAAGUCCAUCCUGAUGCAGUUUCCUUUCAAGAAAGGGCAUCUCUGCCACAAGUCACAACAGUGGCAACAGCUCCUUCCCCACCAGAGGUUUCUAAACUACCUUUAGCUCCAAAACCAACCAUAGUUUCUGCUGUAGCAGACAUUUCUGUUUCUCAACAACCACCAAUUGCAAAACAAACUUCAGCACCUAAAACAGCCGAAGUCUCUGAUACUAAACCACCAUUAGCUUCGAAACAAAGCCCAGCUCCUAUGCUCGCUGAAGUUCCUGUUUCUAAACCACCUCUAGCUCCAAAGUCAACACCAAAGACAUUGCCUACCUCAGAAGCCAUUAUUGUUAAAAUACCAGAUGGAGUGGCAUCACCUGUGCUAGAUUCAGUUUUGCAGACUGUAGUUUCAAAUUCUGUCCUGGAACUUUCUCCAACUUUGCCAACAUCAUCCACAGAUUCAUUGCAUGAGCAAAUUCCUAUUUCUGUUUCAAUACAAACCUCUGUGGAUGCUGCAGGGUCUACAGUACUAGAUUCCUCACGUGCAUCUGUGUCUUCAGCACAAGUCCCAAUCCCAUAUGUAAUCCCAGCUCCUGUUGUGCACAUGUCUGAUAUGUCUUCUGCAUCGGAGCAUCCAGCUUCAGUACCAUUUUUAGAGUCAAUCUCAUCUGCUGGAUCCACUGCAGAUCAUUCAUCCCGAGCACUUGUUCAAGUUUCACCAGCUGCUUCAGUUACUGUCCUAAUGCCAGACCUGGUUACUUCACCUUCCCAAUCUCCAGUUCAUACUGCAAAUGUUGUAGCCCCUCCUCCUGUUCCAACAACCUCAUCAGUAGAACAAGUUUCUGUUUCUGUUCCAACAUCCAUAUCAGUAUCCAUCCCAACAUACCCUACCACUACAGCUCAACAGAUCUCUGUUCUAUCACACAUUUCAGUUCCUAUCUCCUCUGCAUCCAUGGAGCAUGCCUCCAUUUGUCCUCCUAUAUCAGAAAAAACAGGACUAAUUACUCAUCAUGAGCCUUCAGUACCACUGUCAUCUGUUCCACAUGCUAUUCCUGCCACAGACCGAAAAAUUAUGCCCCCAGACACAGAUUCUGCUCAAAUUUCAAUCUUUAGUCAAAAUGUAGAUAGUUCGCUUGUAGCAACCACAACAAUCCCUGCAUUACCUAUUGCUGGUCAAACCAGAAUUCAUGCAGAUUAUAUUGCUACAAAAGAAAUCCCUGUCAUUACUUCUGCACUAACUACAGCUGCUGCCUUUACAGAUUUACCUUCUCAACCCACUCAAUCCGUGGUACUGGACAUACAGUCAAGGAUAGGUAAUAUUCAACCUACAGUAGAUGCCUCUGAUAGAUCAGCUACUAUGCAGACAAGACAAGGUCAUUUUGUCAUCAUUUUGCCAAACUUUGAAAAUAUGUCUGUGAUGAAUCAAACAACACAAGAUAUUGUCAAUAAUGCCAUGGCAGCAGCAAACUCUAUUGAAGAAGGCAGAAGUCAUCCUGUUGUAGUUAGUGUACCUCCUGUAAUCAGUACAGAUGCUGCUCAAUUUGUAUCAAGUAUGGGAUGGACAGCUGGCCUAGCAACGCAGUCAACUUUUGUGUCAACAAAACCUGAACCCCAAGUGACAUCUGUCUCUCAUGAAAGAACAGAAAGGCCCAUCAUUGAAUUUCCACCACCUCCUGCAGCUUCACCACCAGACCUGCCACCUGAUACUUUACCUAAUCCUGUUAGUCAACAUUCGUUUCCCAUUCUCUCAUCUGUCAGGGCUGCUCCUUCUGAGUCUCUUACAAGUAUGACCAGCACAGCACCAAGUGCAGUAGUAAAACAAACUGUAGCCCCAGUACAUAAACCACCACCUCCAGUUCCACCCAAACCAAUUUGUGUACCAGCUGGUCUAGUGUUUAGCCACAGGUCAAGAGAGAGUGUAAAGCCACCAGUUGUUCCUGAACCCACAGUUGCUCAAACUGGUCGAGCUGCAACAUUACCAAGAACAAGAGAACCCCCAAAUGCCCUCUCGCUCAGUUUGACUGCCCCUGUUGAUAGUAAACACAGUAUUUCAUCGCCAAAAUCACCCUUGUCACCUCGAUUUGCUAAAACUCUUGAGACAUAUGUGGUGAUAACAUUGCCAUCAGAACCAGGGUCACCGGUAGAAGGAAUUACAACCCAAGCUCCAAUACGAAGAUCAUCUCUACCAACUCCUAAGCAACAGGCUCCUGCUGUUGCACCGAGAGUGUUUUCCCCACCUGCAGUAUCUGCACCACUUACUGUGGUUCCAGCACCAGUAGUAGCUGCGCCACCAAAAGUAAUAUCAGCCCCAGUCAUGAUACCACCACCUGUGAUAGUUCCAGCACAAACUGUGCAUGUCUCACCAGUUAUAGCAGUGCCACCAGAGACUGCCCCAAUUGUUUCAGUAUCAAAAGCAGUAGAACCAGCACUAGCAUCUGUGCUGCAACCAUGGACUGUUGGGCCACCAGUUUUGAAGGAAAUGAUGAUGACUGCUGUACAACCUGUAACCACAACAGUGUACACUGCACCAAUAGUAAUUUCAGCACCAACUGUGACAUCACCUUAUGCAUUUUUUGAGGCACCAAAUGUGGCUGAAGUACCAGCUGUGACCACAGAACCAACAAUAAAUACUCUGUCAACAGUGAUCUCUGCACCAACAGUGUAUGCUACACCUCCUAUUGCAGCACCAUUAGCCAUGGUUUCUGAAUCAGUGGUACCUACAUCGCUACUGACAGAAGCAACUAUAGCGGUGAAGCCAGCAGCCUUUACAGGAUCUCCUACCCCAACACAUGCAAUGGAACCAAUGGUUUCUGUUGAUGUUAUGCAAGAGCCUGAAAGACAAUCCAUGCAAACAGUUUGCUCUGCUCCUAUAACAAUUACCCAACUCCCAUUAUCCACAAAUAGUCAGACUGUACAAGGGUUGGAGAUGGAGGAAGUACUAAUUGUGUCUGCUUCAGAAGAGGCUAUAUCUGCAAUAAGUCCAUCACCAGUUGCUGUAACACAGAUUCAGCAACACCAAACAAUUUUUGAACCACAACAAGAGGAUCCAGCAGUCUAUACUGCAACAGUUAUGCCAACUGCACCAGUAACAUAUACUCAGUUCACAAAGUCAGUAGAGAGUCAAGAAAUAAGAGGACCUGAUAAAGUUGUGUCAAGUAUGAGCCAGGUGUACUCUGCAAUUUCGAAAACAGAACAGCAUCCUGAUACCAUACCUAACAUUGUUACCCAAGUUGUCACAACUGAAGUCCAGAGGACUACUACUGUGUCAGUUGUCCAAGAAAGAAUACCUGUAGAACCUGUGCCAGACCAUGCCAGUAUGACUGUCAUAGUCCAGCCAGAAAUGACAAAAACACAAACAAAGCCUAUACAGAAUGGAAAGAUGCACUAUCCUGGUGACGUCAUAGAUCUCACAACAUUGAAGGUUAAUGUUACAAUGACUGACAAAGGAAUGGAUCUGACAGCCCCCGAGGCAAGUCGACAGUCCUUCUCAAGUGAUUCAAGUGGUCGACAGACAACUGCUGUGCAGCCAGAAAUUGUAAAUCUAAGUGCUGAGAUAACUCCUGCUACAACACUUUCUGUUGUGACAGAUAAUAUCACAAUUGUUACCUGCACUGCUACAAUUACAUACAAGGAUAACAUAGCUGAUAAGCCCCUUAACUUAGGAAGUGCCACUUCAAUGCCUCUGUCGCUUACAACAUAUAAACCAUUUGAGCCACUGGCACAAAUAGUAUACAGACCAGUAAAUUCACAACCAAAACCCACAACCAGUACAGAGAUCCCCGUCAACCUAUCUUGUGGGGCUACUGAAACAACUGCCGAUUCUUUACCUGUGGCCCCAGUAACCUGUACAAAGGCUGGUGUACCUAUACAUACUGAGCCAUCAGCUGUUGAAGCUAUAGAUCUAACUACAUCAAAGCCAAUGAAAGCCAUGGUAGCUCUGUCUUCUUCCUCUGGCAUAGUUACAACUGUUGUUGAGGACGAUGCAGCACCUGUAGAUUUGACAGCAGGUAGGAGAACAGUGUGCUGUGAUGUCCUGUAUAGGCUUCCAUUCACAGGCAGCUGCAGAACACAGCCUCCAGUGACCACACAACCAGAUAACCAGUUGGGUUUUAAAGAUGAUCACUAUCAGUACGAUAAUGCCACAUCCCUUGGAAUUAAAGACCUCAGUAAAAUGGUCGUCUCUAUGUCGGAAGUGGAAACUGGGCUGUUCCCUUAUGAGAACAAGAAUGGAUAUGGCUACCAGAAUGGGGCAUCAGAUGGGGCAAUUGAUCUGACAUCAGCAAAAAUGUCAACAGAUGAAGCCCUGGACUACUCAAAGAAAGGCACGCUGUCAUUUUCCACCACUCAAGGAACAUCCUUUGGGCUAAAUAGUGUACUAAGAUCAUCUAAUGGAGUUGUAUACUCAUCUGUUUCUGCACCCAUUCCAUCCACAUAUGCAAUUACAACUCAGCCAGGCUCAAUAUUCAGUACAACAUACAACAGUCUCAGCAGUAUAACUGAGCCAUUUUCAACACUUCAGAACCAGCCUUCACCAUAUGAUUUCAUACAUACCACUGGAACCAACCAAUCAAUAUUUUUGGACUCUGAUCCAUCCAAGGAUAUUCUGCCUUCUGCCUUAGCCAACUUCCUUCCUUCAUUAACAGCCUUCCCAGAACUGUAUUCUGAUGCUACUCUUGAGGCCAUAGCAGCCUCACUGGAUGCCCUGGUUUCCCCAAAUUUCCCUGCCUUGGAUGACAGUAAGAGCCAGCAGUAUCAGGCUGAGCGUGAGUUUUUGCAGUUAGAGAAGCUGAAGCAGCUGUGUCUUGCUGAGGAGCUUGAAUGGGAGAGGCAGGAGAUACAGCGCUAUCGUGAACAAGAACAGCUUAUUGUGCAAAAGGAAUUAGAAGAACUUCAGAGCAUGAAACAUCAACUCUUAAUGCAGCAGGAGGAAGAACGCAAGGCCCAUUUCAUUCUUCAACAGGAAACCUUUGCCCAGCAGCAAUUACAACUUGAGCAAAUCCAUCAUCUACAGCAGCAACUACAGCAACAGCUAGAAGAGCAGAAAAUAUAUCCAUAUGGUUUUGAGCCAAAUGAAGAGAUGUCUCAACCCACUGGCUCAGGCAUCAUUUUGGAUGCCCAGUACUCUAAAACAGAUAAUGGCCAGUACUGGCCCGUGAAGGAUGACAAUUCUACAUCAUCUGCAAUAACUAUCCAUGACCCUUUAACUGGUGGGGAUUGGUACACUGCUGGUAGUUCAACUUUAUCUAAAUUAGAAGGUGUUCUUAAAGAUUCAGAGAAUUCUAAGAAACUGCCCUCCACAUCAAAGGAAGCCAAUGAGGAAAGUGUAGGGUUAAGUGGUAAGAAAAUAGCAGAAAGUGGAGUUCAGACAGAUGAGGAGGAUGAGGUGGAAAAGCCUUACCCUGGCAGGAGAAGGAGGAAUAGGAGAAGUGUAGACAGUUGUGUUCAAACUGAUGAUGAGGAUCAGGAUGAAUGGGAUGUCCCUGUUAGGAGCAGGCGUAGGUCUCGUUCAAGCAGAUAUGCUGAUGGCGAACGAGGUAAAGGCUCAAAAGUAUCCAGCAUUGCAGUCCAAACUGUGGCUGAGAUCUCCGUUCAAACCGAUCAUUCAGGGACCAUUAAGAGGUCCCCCGUCAGGGCUCAAAUAGAUACCACAGUAGACCUACACCGAGGAGGGCAAACAGAAAGUGACUCAGAUGUUACGUCUGACAAAGAUAAGAGACACUCAACUCCUAUUGAAAUUGGUGUCAGCACACAUCUAAAAGCAGAUGGUGUUGGGAUCUCAUCAGUACCCAAAUCUCCGAAGGUAUUGUAUUCUCCAGUUUCACCUGUGUCUCCUGCAAAAGGCUCACAGAAGAUGCUUACAGCUGAACCAUCAAGACAUCCAAGUAGCCCUAGAUCCCUGAAGGCCUCACAACGAUCUCUGUCUGACCCCAAGUCUCUCAGUCCCACCACCGAUGACAGAGUCAUGUACCAGUAUGUGGAUGCCUAUUCUAGCAAGAGCUCACAGAGUGGUACCACUGUAGGCUCUCAGAAGAAAGUAAAGCGCACUCUUCCUCAUCCACCACCAGAAGAGGAUACUAUUGUUGGCCCUUCAGGAUAUAGUACUGGAUCUGCUCGCAGAAGAAUGUGCAGAAACACCACCAUGGCUCGAGCCAAAAUCCUACAAGAUAUUGACAAAGAACUGGAUUUGGUUGAGAGAGAGUCUUCUAAACUCCGUAAGAAGCAAGCAGAGCUAGAUGAGGAGGAGAAAGAGAUAGAUGCCAAACUGAGGUAUCUUGAGAUGGGCAUUAAUCGAAGGAAGGAGGCUUUACUGAAAGAGAGGGAGAAAAGGGAGAGGGCUUAUUUGCAAGGUGUGGCAGAGGAGCGUGACUAUAUGUCUGAUAGUGAGGUCAGCAACAUCAGAGAAGCACGAGGUAAUGGCCAUGGACUGGAGCGGCCACGAACUGCCCCUCAGUCAGAGUUCAACCAAUUCAUCCCACCACAGACUGAAGCUGAUUCUCAGUACGCACAACUUGGAAGUCCAUACUCCCACUAUCAAUAUGCCUCUCAAACUGGGACACCAAGUCAUUUUUCCCAGCAGAACCUGUACCAACAGCAGUCCCUUUAUCACCAACAAGUGUCCCCCUACCAGACCCAAUCAAUGUAUUCAUCAGUGCCUACACUCAAUCAACAAUCCCAACAAGCUGGUUAUGACCAUGCCUCACAGCUCCUUUUGAUGCAACAGAAAAGCCGCCAGACUACACUGUCUGACUUGGAGCCAAAGAUAACAACAAACUAUGAGGUGAUACGGAAUCAGCCUCUCUUGAUUGUUCCCACAUCUACAGAGAGUGCCUAUGGUGUCUCACAUCUUGGGGGCAAAUAUGGUAACUUAGACUUGAGAUUGGGUCUGGAGGAAAGAGGCAGUAUGGCUAGCAGCCCCAUGUCUAGCAUAUCAGCAGAGUCAUUCUAUGCAGACAUUGACCAUCACAAUGCCAGAAACUAUGUUAUGAUCGAUGACAUAGGGGAGCUGACCAAGGGCUCCACAGGACUGAGCUCCAGCUUCAGUAUCCCUGAUAAAGAUAUGAGUAAAACUGACCGCUUGCUCAGGGCUGCUGAAGUUCGUCGAACAUCAGAUGUGACUGAUUUCCUUGGACCUCUUCAAGCUGCUUCCAGGCUGCAUUCAUAUGGUAAGCCAGAUGAGGACUCAAUGGAGGAACCGUAUGAGUUAAAACUGCUAAAGCAGCAAAUCAAGCAAGAGUUCAGGAGGGGCACAGAUGGUUUGGAACAACUCACAGGUCUGCCUCAUUACCUCCAUGCUGACAGUUUCAGACAUUUCCCUAAGUCUGAGAAAUAUAGCAUUGGAAGGCUCACUCUAGAAAAACAAGCAGCUAAACAGCUUCCAGCCUCAGUCCUUUAUCAGAAACAGUUAAAGAAUAAGAGAGCACUAAUUGACCCUAAAAUUACUAAAUUUUCCCCCAUACAAGAGAGCAGGGACCUGGAACCUGAUUACAGUGGUUUUUUGGCAUCCACUGGCUCAGCAGUGGGUGGACUAUCCAGCAGGGCAAGGCUCCUACAAGAUGAAAUCACUUUUGGUCUGAGGAAGAACAUAGCUGAGCAGCAGAAGUACCUGGGCUCCACACUAAGUACUAACCUGACUCAGUCACUGACCCUUGGUCAGUCUCUUAAUCUUGGCCCAACCUUGAGAUCAUCCCUCCAAGACGAUGGCACUUACCCCAGUGGUACCCGGUCCAGACCUUCUUCUAGGCCUUCCUCUGUGUAUGGACUUGAUUUAUCCAUCAAAAGAGACCUUUCCAGUUCUUCGCUGAGGUUAAAGACAGAGGGUGAAAGCAUAGAUUCCCAGUUUGGUAUGGCAAGGGCAAAGCCGACUAGUCUGCCCAUCAGCCAGAGCAGGGGCCGUAUCCCGAUUGUGGCACAGAACUCAGAAGAAGAGAGUCCAUUGAGCCCUGUGGGGCAACCCAUGGGUAUGGCAAGAGCAUCUGCAGGUCCACUCCCACCUAUCUCUGCUGACUCUCGGGAUCAGUUUGGUUCCAGUCACUCUUUACCAGAAGUACAGCAGCAUAUGAGAGAAGAAUCACGAACGCGUGGCUAUGAUCGAGAUAUAGCCUUCAUUAUGGAUGAUCUACAGGGAGCUAUGUCAGACAGCGAAGCACUAAAUGACCCCAUGAUGGUUUUGCACAGAAGUGACCCCAGGCUCGUCCAUGAGGGUAUCAGACACGCAGGACGUCCUAGCUGGAAGGUAGAAGCCUACCAUCUGCAGCAUGAAGAGACUGACUGGUUUGAUAAACCUCGUGAGGGCCGUGGGGGACCACACUCAGGACAGGACAGGAGACAGGUGAAAGCUAUACAUUAUCCUUUUCCCCACACUCGCAUCAAACUGCAGAGGGACCCUAAAGACCACACUGUCUCAGGGAGCGGGAUGGGCAUCCGAGUGGUGGGAGGAAAGGAGAUUCCAGGUUCUAAUGGAGAGAUUGGAGCAUACAUCGCUAAAGUGUCGGCUGGAGGCUCUGCUGAGCGCACAGGGAAGGUGGUAGAAGGAAUGCAAGUCCUGGAGUGGAACGGAAUCCCUCUGAUGGGCAAGACCUAUGAGGAGGUGCAGAGCAUCAUGGGUCAGCAGCACAGUGGCGAUGUAGAGAUAUGUGUGCGCCUAGACCUGAACAUGCUCUCAGACUCAGAGCAUCCACAGCAGCUGGAGCUGCAGUCUCAGCUAAAGGCUGCUGACCGCCAGCGUUCUCCAGGUGUGGACCCUAAGCAGUUGGCUGCAGAACUGCAGAAGGUGUCUCAGCAGCAGGCUCCUGUCUCCGUGCUGGCUGCUCUGGAGAAGGCAGGACACCUGCAUUCAGCCACAGCAUCCGCUGCCUCGAGCGCAGUGCCCAGCCCCGGCCAGCCUGGAUCCCCCUCCGUCAACAAGAAACGCCACAGCAGCAAGUCUGCAGAGGCUCUGAAACCACAGCCACAUCCAAUCACUGGUGAAAUACAACUCCAAAUCAAUUAUGACAAAAAUAUGGGUAAUUUGAUCGUCCAUGUUCUGCAAGCAAGAAACCUCGCCCCGAGAGAUAACAAUGGAUAUUCAGAUCCUUUUGUUAAGGUGUAUCUUCUGCCAGGGAGGAGCCAAGUCAUGGUUGUCCAGAACGCAAGUGCUGAGAACAAGAGAAGGACUAAAUAUGUGCAGAAGACCCAGAACCCUGAGUGGAACCAGACCGUCAUCUAUAAAAAUAUUCACCUGGAACAGCUGAAGAGGAAAACCCUGGAGGUGACAGUGUGGGAUUAUGACAGAUACUCCACCAAUGAUUUCCUGGGAGAAGUGCUGAUUGAUCUGUCUAACACAGCUCAGUUGGAUAACAUGCCUCGCUGGCACCCCCUAAAGGAGCAGAGUGAAAGUAUACACCACAGCAGGGGUCAUCCUCCACAGGGGGGUGGACCUGGUGGCCAAGGAGGCCAGGGAGGCCAAGGGAGUCAGGGUGGUCCUGGGGGAUCGGGAGGGCCUGGUACAGGAGGACAACCAGGCAGUGAACAAUCCCCCAAGACCUCUGUCAUCAAGAGCAGGAGCCACGGCAUCUUCCCUGAUCCUGCUAAAGACACUCAGGUCCCCACCAUAGAGAAGUCACACAGCAGUCCCGGCAGCUCCAAGUCUUCCUCUGAGGGUCACCUGCGCUCACACGGCCCCUCCCGCAGUCAGAGCAAAAGCAGCGUCACACAGGCUCACCUGGAGGAUGCCGGCAACGCCAUCGCUGCAGCCGAGGCAGCAGUGCAGCAGGCCCGCCUCCAGCCAAAUAGAGCCGGACACAGGCUGAAUGAUGGAGAUGAUUAUACCCUGGACAGUGAAGAUGGCACGGGCACUAAUGCGUUGGACAGUGCUAUCUUUCAGGUCCCUCAGCUGAAGACCAUUCCGAACGGUUUGGAUAAGAGAGGCUCUGACUCUCUGAAGAACCUGUCUGACUCUGAAAAUAAGAACCAGAUGAUGGGGGAGAUCAAGGUGGCUCUGAAGAGGGAGAUGAAGACUGAGGGAGAGCAGCUGGUCCUUGAGAUUCUACAGUGCAGAAACAUCACUUACAAGUUUAAAUCUCCAGACCAUCUGCCUGACUUGUAUGUGAAGCUGUACGUGGUUAAUGUGGCAACACAGAAGCGGAUCAUAAAGAAAAAGACCAGAGUGUGCCGUCAUGACAGAGAGCCAUCCUUCAACGAGACGUUCCGCUUCAGCCUCAACCCGGCUGGUCACUCAAUUCAGCUGUUCCUGGUGUCUAAUGGAGGGAAGUUUAUGAAGAAGACUCUGAUUGGCGAGGCCUACAUCUGGUUGGACAAGGUGGACAUGCGAAAGCGAGCAGUGAGCUGGCACAAGCUAGUGGCCAGUUCUCCUCACACACAGCCCUGAUCUCCAUCAGCCAACACUGCCGUCAGAGCAGAGAGAGCUACACCACCCACAUUGAUAAACUGGUGUAUAUUGAAGUAGGUGGAAUAAGGGAGGGAACAAAGAUGGAGGUGUUUCAGUAGAUACUUACUCUGUGUUAAGGAGGGUGUCAUCGAGUCAACUUCCUUAAAAGUGCAGUUUUCACUGGUAUUCAGACCCUCUGUCAGAGCAUAAAAUGCUUUCUCUACUCUUGCAUCACUAUGUUAAGAAAAAACAUCAAAUAUUUACCUCCCAAAUCUUUCUCUUGGCCAAAGCCACCCUAGCACCAUACCUGCUGUUAAAUUCAUGUGAAAAAGUAGACCUAUAGAUGUGCUAUAACACAUGAUCUAACCUCUUUUAGCAACUCUGUCAUUAUCCAUUUAAAGUCGUUUACUCCAUGUUUUGUCAUGUUUGUCAAUGUUUUCUGCUAUGUCAAGACAGCAUAGUAGAAUAGAGUGCAUCUUCUCCUGAAUGGAAGUCUUGUGAUGACAAGAUGCCUUUAUCGAGAGAAGCUGUUUCAUGAUAUAUAAUAAAUGUAUGACAAUACAUUUUGUACAGCCAGUGUACAGAGGUCUUUAUACAUAGAUGGCUAAAAAAUCUAAUUGUGCAGAACUGACUAUAUACAGAAAUAUCAGUAGCAGAGUUUGUGAUCUUUUUCAGAGAAUCUAGUCUCCUGUUUCCCACUCAGUCCACUCUAUAUUUUAUAUAUGAUGAAAUUUAUCAUAUCAGAUUAUGUUAUAUAAAUAUAUAUGAUGAGAAGAUAAGACAAUCUUAGCUCAGAUGUAGUGACUGUUUCAUUUGGUGAAUACAGUGUGAAUAAACCUUCAGCAUAACUCCAUUAAGUCCAUGAUCCUCGGUCUUUAGUAUCCUAAUCUGAGUGCUUCAUCCGCAUUUUAAAAACCAGUUCAUCUGACUUUUUUGCAGUAUUUCUUUUUGUCUGUGGGCCUUGAUUUCAUCAACUGCAUCACUUAGACUUGAUUCCCUUAAGCAGCUGCAAUGAUGGGAUAGAAACCACUGCUAAGAAUAGUGAUUUUUCUGGGGUGUUUUGACAUUGUGUUCUGAACACAUUUAGGUGUUCGAGACCUUGAACUAUGGAUGCUCUACGUCUCUGUCAUUGAAAGUUUUGUGUCCUCAAGUGGUUUUGCAAGAGGCCACAGGGACAACUAUGUGGAGUCAAAUGCGCAGUAUGAUUGUAUGUGACCAUAUUUUUGAUUUAAGCAUCUUGGAGUAAUUGUCAUGUAAAUGUUCAGAUGUUGUCAGUUGUGCUCUCUGUUUUGUGAUGAAGUUCUGUGUUCAAUCAAAAUAUGCAAUGAAGAAAAAAAUAAGAGAAAAAAAUAAUAAGAUGCAGAUCUCUUCACUUUGACGGGGGUGUUCUGCAAGGCUAAAUAAUUGGCCCUAUUGAAAUCUGGUUGCUGUCUGUAUUUAUUUCAAAUGGUGCAAGGUGUCUGUCUAUAAUUGGUGUCACUGCCCAUUUGUGGUGCAGUUUAAAGCUGUUCUAGUCUUUUUGUUUGCUUUCGGAAUAAUUGUUUGUUGCUGGUCUGUUCAUGUCUGUUUUACUAACAGAGAUUCAAUGUCCCAAACAUAUUCACUGCCACUUUACCCUGCACCAUAUCAGUGUAGAAGAUGCAUAAAAGUUCAAGUGUAGUAGUCUGGUGUGUUGGGCAUCAGAACACAAAACACACCAGAUGAUGACCGUCAACUCAAGACAUGGAGGAAUUACUAUAUAGACGUACAGUUCUCCUUAAAGCAACAGUGUUUGCUUAUUAACAUCUGUGGAUUUCUUUGCACAUGGGAAAAAGGUCAUAUUUAAUACAUUGUACAAAUAUCACUUGUGCUCGAACAAAGAAGUCUUCAUGCGGUGAAUAAAGGGUUGCUGUCACAGUGAGAUGAACUAACAUGUGCCAACCUAAUAUCCUAACCAAAUCCACUGGUUCAGUUUGGGUAAUUCUAUGCAACAUAAAUUAUGUCUGGAUGCAUCUUUCUUAAUGUGUGCUGUCAAUGAGAGUUUGUCUGAAUAAAUAUGUACCUUUUAAAGAUGAUUUUACUUUUAAUAAACAUAGAUAUAAAAGAUCUAAAACAGAAGAUGAUUAUAGCAUAGUUUUUUUUUUGUUUUGUUUUUUUAACUUGCUGUUAUGACACAAUACAUGUUGAGCUUAUGCACUUUAUUUAUAAGUUACUGUUCCAAUGUUGUGUUUGACUUUCCAUCAAAACUAUGAGAAAGUUAUUGCUACAUGGAAUACAGUGACAUUUGCUGGAAAACAGCAACUCUUCAUCAGAAGCACUGAAAUACAUUUCAGCCUUGUUGGUGCUCUACAAAUACAAGGGCCCACUUUUGAUGGCCAAUGGAUUCUCACAAUCAAUACCAUGAGUUCUACGUCUAUAGCAUUCCGCCUCUAAUAUAGUGCUGUGUAUCUUGUUUCCAAUCAAUGCUGUGUCCCCUUUAAAUAAUGACAGAAAUAAUGGCUUCACUCAUAUGGCCGUUGUCUCCUCUUUGUUAUUUCAAUGUAAUGUUAGCCUGAUUUGUUAUGCUGUAUUCCUGGGAACUUAACAUCUGAGAUGAAUCUGAUGUAUUCAGUUGCAGUAAACAGUGUGAAUGUGAUUUGAUUAUUUUUGAUUAUGUAAAUACAUAAGAUAUUUUCUAUAAGAAGAGGUUUGAAUAUUUAUUUGGUCUGACACUGAGCAUGUAAGUGCGAUCUCAAGGUCAAAGUCCUGUCUGUACAUACGUAUUUGUCUAGCUAUGUGAGCAAAUCAUCCAUCUGAUUGACUGAACAAUGUCAAUCAACCCAUUUCAACACCUCCAAUGAAAACAGUGACAUCUCGCAGAAUUAAGACGAGAACGUAAAAAAAAAAAAACACAAUAAUUCUUUUCAACUUCAGUGGUUGUCAAAGAAUUUCUAGGUUUUACAUGGAUGUUGCAUGUUUCGCUAGAUGUUUGUUGAUAUUUUUGCCUCCAGAUUCUGUUUCAAAAGAGGGAAAUUGAAUAGAUUUAUCUGAAGAUGUAUGCUGACUGUAAAAAUGCUUGUAAAAUGAGUCUUGUUUUUCACUUCGUGUAAAAAUGAGAAAUUUAAUGUUAUGGUUUUGUGGUUGUCCACAGGAUGUCAUGGAAUUAUGCAAUUGUGCUGUAGAAAAAAAAUGUUUCCCUGAGUCUAAAUAAUAAAUAUUAAAGAAGAGAUUCUAUUCCAAAUGUGAAAA